CUUCUAGACACCAUUAUUUGUCUCAGGCUCUUCUUCUCUAAUGUGCGCCUUAAAAGUGCUGAAUAAUGCGAACGAAUCUUGCGAAUAUUCAGUGAAAUACAAUCUCCUACUAUCUCAUCUCACCAGAGUCAUUUGUUCAGGAGAGCGUGCGGAUUGGCUCGCGCGCUGUGAUGUGGUCGGUCGUGUAGGUUUGGUGGCGUAGAUGGCAAAACGGGAUUCACGAGGUGUGAGGGAUUUCCACACGGGACACAAAAAAGUAUUUGAUAAAGUAUAGCAAAGGAGAGCAUGGCCGCAAUGCUGAGGCCCGCCAGCCACUGAGGAACCCAGUGUUCAACACCACCACCGCCGCUCGCCGACCCACACACCCGAGACUCGUCUGCCGUCUCCUGCGCUCUCUCUCUCUCUCUCUCUCUCUCUCUCUCCCCCUCUCUUUUCUCCAGCCCCCUCAUCGCUCCAUCCCUCCCUUCACUGAAGGCCUCCUUCCGUCUCCUCCCCCCCUUUGCUCCACCCCGGCUACCAUGUCCAUCGCCCUUAAGCAGGUCUUCAAUAAAGACAAGACUUUCCGGCCCAAGCGCAGGUUCGAGCCGGGCACGCAGCGCUUCGAGCUGCACAAGCGGGCCCAGGCCUCCCUCCACUCGGGCGUGGACCUGCGGGCAGCCGUGCAGCUGCCGCCGGGCGAGGACCCCAACGACUGGGUGGCCGUGCACCUGGUGGACUUCUUCAACCGCAUAAACCUCAUCUAUGGCACCGUGUGCGAGUUCUGCACGGAGAAGAGCUGCCCCGUCAUGUCUGGCGGCCCACGCUACGAGUACCGCUGGCAGGACGAGCAAAAGUACAAGAAGCCCACAGCAUUGCCGGCACCCCAGUACAUGAACCUGCUGAUGGACUGGAUCGAAAUGCAGAUCAAUAACGAGGACAUAUUCCCCACCAGCGUAGGAAUCCCCUUCCCCAAGAACUUCAUCCAGAUCUGUAAGAAGAUCCUGUGUCGUCUCUUCAGGGUUUUCGUGCAUGUCUAUAUCCACCACUUUGACCGUAUCAUCCUGAUGGGGGCGGAGGCUCAUGUCAACACAUGCUACAAGCACUUCUACUACUUCUGCACUGAACUCAACCUCAUAGAUCGCAAGGAGCUUGAGCCGCUGAAGGAGAUGACAUCACGGAUGUGUCACUGAACAGCUUGUGACACGGCCCCUGUCAGACUGCUGACGUCCUGAAAGACGUUUUCUCUGUGGAGACGGAAUCCAGCUUGUUGCAAGUGGCUGUGAAUGUCUAAGCAACACCGGAAAAAGACCCAUGGACUGCGAGGACAUUGCUGCUAAGCCAGACAGUGUGACACAAAGUCUGUUGCAACAAGAAAGUGUAAAGCAAACCCAACACGUGCCUCCAUACAAGAAACGCUCGUGGAGAGGACACUAACGUUCACUAAUGCUCGCGGAGCACAGCAGCGCCGCUUUGUGGUGAAAAGUAGCACGCACCACACAUUGUGUUGCCAGGAUUGUCCUCAAGGUUGCGAUUUAAAGGCAAAAACAAACUAAGGUUCAGAAAUGUGCACUUAGAGGAGAAUAAAAUGAGGUAACAAUGCAAUUGCAGUGCAUGAUAUGGGGAUAAUUGUAUUUUAGCUGAAAUAAUGCAUUUAAUUCCUAAUUUCUACUAGAGUACAGUUGUGAAUAAAUUAUUUACACCCUCAUUUUCACACAAAUAUUUGACAAUAAUGUUUUAUGUGUACAUAAAAUGAUUUAUAGCAUGUAGAGACUGCCAAAUGCUAGAUUUUUCUCUUCAUCUAAAAAUUGUUCAUAGUUUGCUAAUGCUAAGUGGAAUGUUUUUAAUGACUUGAAAUUCGGUGUAUUUUGCAGUGGUUUCACUACAAACAGAUUUGAGUGAUAGCGGGUCGUGUCCGGUGGAGGUGUUGUGGGGUCUGGGGUUUGGCGCAUACACAGUGGCUGGACUGGGUAAAACAAGGGAAAUUACAAACUACAGAUGGACUGCAUGUUGGAGACAUUACACAGACUAUUCUUUCCUUUUCUGAACCUUCUGCAGUGCAUUUUUUAUAUUCUUAAGCGCAGUAACUGUUGGUGUGGAAUGGUAGUUGUAUGUGGGUUUGAGAGAGAGAGAUUGACACACACUUUGUUAUGGCUGUGUCAUCUGCAGCUUCUCUUUUACUGUGCUGUCACUAUGCAAUAAGUCACUCAACUUUCCUGUUCAUGAACCACCACAGUAGUGACCAGUUUUGUGUCCACACCAGCGUCCUGUUUAAUUCAGCUCAACUCAUCUGUUUAAUGUAUUUUUUAAAUAAGAGACAUUGUCUUUAAACAACAUAGAGAGCCAGCCUCAGACUGUGUGUGAGUGUGUGUGUGUGUGUGUGGGGGGGGGGGGGGGAUUUUGUUUGUUUGUUUUUUGUUGGGGGUUUUUUGUAUACUGGGAACUGUUGUUCUCCCAUUAUCAGUUUCAGUUUACUCUUAAGAUUAUGUAUCUUUAGUUUGUACAUUCACCAACUGACGCAAUAAACUUUGGAUUAAGGAUUUAUUUUCUAACCGCUUAAA